AUUCAUCCCAUGGCCGUCAUACUGUGACGUCUUUCAGAGGGCUUUGUGAUUGCUCAGUCCUAAGUAUAAGCCCUAUAAAAUGAUGGGCUUGAAAUGCUGGGCAGGGUAGAGUGAGAAGCACUAGCAGGCAAUAACAGCCAACCCUUAGCCAUUGCUAAGGGCAGAGAACUAGUGGAGCCUUCCUCUUUCUCCCAGGACUUCAGCACCUAAGACAGCUCCAAGACCAACCAGAACUCACAGCUCCGGGGGAACAGGACUGGGUGAGAGGCACAGAAAUGGACACCAGAAAUAAGGCCCAGCUCCUGGUGCUCCUGACCCUUCUGAGUGUGCUCUUCUCACAGACGUCGGCAUGGCCUCUUUACAGGGUCCCUUCUGCUCUGAGGUUGGGUGACAGAAUACCUUUUGAGGGAGCAGAUGAACCUGAUCAAGUUUCAUUAAAAGAAGACAUUGACAUCUUGCAAAAUGCAUUAGCUGAAAAUGACACACCUUAUUAUGACGUAUCCAGAAAUACCAGGCAUGCUGAUGGAGUUUUCACCAGUGACUUUAGUAAACUCUUGGGUCAACUUUCUGCCAAAAAGUACCUUGAGUCUCUUAUGGGAAAGCGUGUUAGCAGUAACAUCUCGGAAGAUCCUGUACCAGUCAAACGUCACUCAGAUGCAGUCUUCACAGACAACUAUACCCGCCUUAGAAAACAAAUGGCUGUAAAGAAAUACUUGAACUCAAUUCUGAAUGGAAAGAGGAGCAGUGAAGGAGAAUCUCCUGACUUUCCAGAAGAGUUAGAAAAAUGAUUUUUAAAAGCCCGUUGGAGCAAAGCUGAUGACAACUACCCAGUGAAUUCUUGAAGGAAAACGACACACAAAGUAAUUAAAUUUUGAGUUCUACAUAAGUAAUUCAAGAAAACAACUUCAGUAUCCAAACCAAAUAAAAUAUAUUGUGUUGUGAAUGUUGUGAUGUAUUCUAGCUAAUGUAAUAACCGUGAUGUUUACAUUGUAAAUAUUAUUUGAGAGUUCUAAAUUUUGUCUUUAACUCAUAAAAAGCCUGCAAUUUCAUAUGCUGUAUAUCCUUUCUAACACAAAUAUAUUUAGUGAUAAGUAAAUUCUAGGUUAAUUCCAAUUAUAUGAGACUCUUUGGGAAGAGUAGUAAUAGAGCAAAAUUGAUAUGUUUAUUUAUAGAGUGUACUUAACUAUUCAGGAGAGUAGAACAGAUAAUCAGUGUGUCUAAAUUUGAAUGUUAAGCAGAUGGAAUGCUGUGUUAAACAAACCUCAGAAUGUCUAAGAUAAUAACAAUGAAGAUAAAAAGACAUUCUUCCAAAAAGAUUUUCAGAAAAUAUUAUGUGUUUCCAUAUUUUAUAGACUAUUUUGUUUUUAAUGGUAUUUUAAAAUCUCAAAUUUGGACUGCUAAUCACCAAAGGCUCUCUCCUGAUAGUCAGUUAAGGAAAACGACCCCUGCUUCUGGCAUCGAACCUUCCCUUUCUGCUUGUGUUAAGUACGUGUAAAAUGUAAAGUGAAUGAAACACUCAGUUGUUCAAUAAUAAAUAUUUUUGCCAUAAUUACUCGGCAUAUUGCUUUGGUCAUAUGAGCUUCCUUUGGUGAAAGUACAUUUGGAGACACAAUUAUUUUUCCAAAAUAAUUUCAAGAAAUCAAAUAGAGAAAAUAAAGACCUUUGAUUAUCAUUGCAGAU